AUGAGUGCUAUCCGACCAGGCACUGCAUCCCGUCUAAAAUCAGCCCAAAUACAAGGUAAAAGUGGUACUGCAUGUCGUGUAACAGAUGGCGCAAAAACGGGUGCCCGUGGUAGAACGCUUGGUGGGACAACUUUAAACACUAUGGUAUGUGUUGAAGAUAGACCGAUUACACAACAAGGUUUAGGCGGGAUUAAAAACCCAAUUCGUGGACCUAAACGUCAGAUUGAAGAUAAGUCAUACUUUCUGGGAUUGUUAAGGGGGAAAAUCAAUGAAAUAAACUCAGAAGUUGGGAAUAUAACACGUCAGUUAGUAGAAAAAGAGGAAGAUAAUGCUAGUUUUGUACAAUAUGAGCAAAUGGCUGAGAAAUUGGCGUAUGAAAUUAAAGAACUACAGGGUGAAUUAGGCGAUUACAAUACUCUCGUCGAUAAAGCAACAUUAGGCAAUAAUAUAACAAGUAUUGAAAUGGAUUUGGAAGAUGUACGUGCUGCAAAUGAACGAGCUGAACGGAAUUUAGAAAUGUUAUUUGAAGAUCGUCAAAGAAAGGAAUCAUCACUAAAAUCAUGUGAGCUAGAAUUAAAACAAGAACAAGAAAUGUCUGAAAUAGUUAUUCAAGAAAUGGUUGAUACAGAACGUGAACGUUAUUUUAAAUUAAAGGAUUUAAAUAUUCAUCUUCUGAAUCAGUUAAGUGAAGGUCAAAUGGAGUUAGAAAGAUUGAAUACAAGAAAAGCUGAACUUGAAGAAGAACUACUUACAUCACCGAUCAAACAAGAAGCUGUACGUUUAUUUACUCAACUACAUGAGAUUCAAAGUAGACGAGAUCAGUUAUUAUCUGAAGAGGCAUCAAAAACAGAUCCUCAAAUAGAACGUCAACGUCUAUUGCAACAAGUUAAAAGUGAUAAUCAAGAAAUUGCAGCUAUUGAUAAACAAACACAUGAAAUUGAAGAGAAAAUUACUAAUAAAGAAGAGGAAUUACAUUUACUGGAACAACAAUUAGAUGAAAAUUAUAAUGAAAGAAAUCAAAAAUAUCGUGAACUUAAAAAACGUGAACAACAAAUUGAUGAAUUCUUACAAACGUUUGAUCAUGCAAAGUCUUUAGAAAUUUCUGGUAUCCAUGAAAUGGAAUCAACAAUUAUUGAAAUUUUAAAUAAAACAUCCAAUUCUAUUAAUAAUUUCAAUCAAAUUACAUCAAAUCUUGAUGUAGAUCUAUCAUCCAUUGAAUUAAUUAUUCAACAAGAUAAACAUAAUAAUCAAAUAAUGAAUAAUACAAUACAAUAUCUAAAUAAUAAUAAUAAUAAUAAUAAUAAUAAUAAUGAAACAGAAGAAGUGUUUAAUCAUUUGACAAAGGAACGGAUACGUUUAAAUCAAGAUUUAUUGAAAGUUGAUCAUUUACAAAGUAAAAUUACACAAGAAAUGGAAACGUUAAAAAAGCGUAUUUCUAAAAUGGAAGAAGAAAUAACAAUCUUCAGUGAUUUGGAUAAAGUUCGUGAAAACGCGGUUCUUAAAAGACAAAGUUUAAAUGAAGAGAAAUCACGUUUAGACAGGUAUCGUGAUAAUUUAAACAAAUUAAAUCAACAAUUAUCUGUGGAGCAUUCAAAUUUACAAACACAUUUAACUGGACAAGAUAUAUAUAUACAAUUAACUAAUUUAGAACGUCGUUGGGCACAACAUGAAGAAAUUAAUUAUAAUUUAAAUGAAUUUAUUACUAAGAAACGUAAAGAAACUGAUCCAACUCAAUGGAUUAAAUGUACAAUGGAAUUAGUGAAAAAUUAUAAUGAACAUUUAAAAUCUUCACUUGCAUCAAAACCUGUAAUUGCUUAAAUUUACCAUGUUGAAUACACAUACAUCAUACAUCUUCUGUUUAUUUCAUACUUUAUAUUAAAGUUAAUGAUUUUUUUUUAUUUUGCGCGUGUUUCAAAGUUCAUCAUUGUGGUUUUGGUAUAUUUAAUUACUACGGAUAAAUGGUCACUUCAAAUAUUUGAAAACGGUUGAUUCGCCCCCUUGUAUCAUUCGAAAUUUAUGCUCAAUUUUAUAUUCAAUUAAAUUGAUUUCAAUGAAACACUCAAAAACGUUACUGCUUCGCUACAUUGACCGUAGUAUUUUAUGAACUAUAAUGUGGUCAGUAAAAUACCAACCUUACGCUUAAUAAAUCUAUAUCUAGGUUCAAUUGUUAUCAACGGUAAAAUACUUUACUAAGCUAAUCUAUGAAUGAACAAACCAUAUUUCUACCAUUUUUUAUGAUGUUGGAACAUCUUAUUCACUAACGUUUACUAAUUAUAUACAUAUAUAUCAUC